AUGAGGGAAGCCACGCAUCCACGAGGGCCGUGUCCCAAGAAGCUGCGGGGAGUUUUGGCAUGGAUCUCGCUCUGGGAGAUGCUGGCCCUGGCCAACGGGCGGUGGUGCGACAGGACGGUUCAGGUGAUGGAGGAGGAAGUGGUCACCCCCCGGCGUGAGGAAGUGGUGCCCUGCUCCGAUGUCUACCAGUACAAUAUGGCGGGCUGGCAUCUGGACCAUGGCAGGAUGCACCAAGCGUACAGCAGAGAGGAAGGCCUCCCCCACUCCCAUGCCCAAGUGGGAUCCAGCACUGCCCUGUGCUACAUCUACAAGCCUGAGGACACCAGACCCCUCGUCUGGAACCGCACGGUGCGUGCUUGUUGCGAGGGCUGGAGCGGACCCCACUGCUCAGAAGGAAAGGAGCUGACGGGGCACUGCUUUCCUACCUGGCAGUGCCAGGCCGUGCCAGGGUGGCAGAACUUCUCCGUGGUCGGCGUAGACGAGUGCUGCACCCGCCUGGGAGGGCACAGCUGGAAAAACGCCUCCUCCAACCUCUGCUUCAGCUGCUCCUCCGUGUCCGAGAAAGGUGAUCUGCCUUCCCCUUUCCUUCUCCGGCCAUCGGCCCCCUCAGCGCUUCCAGUCCAUUUGGGACAUCGCCGGCACCCCUUUGCCACCUGCAUGACCUGGGCCGGGGUCCACUACCGCAGCUUCGAUGGCAAACACUUCCGCUUCCAUGGGGACUGCACGUACACUUUUGCUGCCGCGUCUGAUGGCACUUGGGCCGUCCAAAUCUCCUCCAGCCGGGAGGGCUGCUUGCCUGGCUUCUGCCACAGGGCCCUCCGCAUGCUGUUUGGUCUGGACUCCGUAGAGGCUCAGGGCCAGAGCGUCUCUAUCAAUGGUGCUGCAGUGCCAGAAGGGGAGCCACGGAUGCAGAAAGGGAUCAGCGUUUGGUGGCUGGGAGAUUUCCUUUUUGUGGAGAGCGGCCUGGGUGUCCGUAUCAAAUUUGAUGGGCGUGACACCGUCUACGUUACCGUGGGGGCUGAGCUGAGAGGAGCUACACGAGGCCUGUGUGGUGUCUACAACGAUGACCCUGCAGAUGACUUCCUACGUGUGGGAGGGGACACGACUACGUCUGCUGCUGGUUUUGGCAAUUCAUGGCGCAUCCCAGAUGCCUCCUUGAGUUCCUGCACAGACGCUGCAGAGGAAACUGACAGCUGUGGUCUGCCGGGAGGCCCUGCGGUUCACCAAGAGGCGGCAUCUGUGUGCCAGAAACUGCUGUCCAGCCCUUUCAGCCGAUGCCACUCAGAGGUGGACCCCAGCGGAUUCUAUGACACCUGCACAUUCUUGCAGUGCAGUGGGGCUGGGACGGAUGCCUUCUGUGAGACCUUUGCCAGCUAUGCCCGCGAGUGUGCCCAGCAGCACGUUUUUCUCAGCUGGAGGCAGCCUGGAUUCUGUGAGAAGUCAUGCAGCCAAGGGAAACUGUACUCGGACUGCGUCUCCUCAUGUCCCGCCAGCUGUGCAGCUGUAGGCCCUGCUGAAGAAGGAGGCUGCCAGGAAGAGUGCGUGAGUGGCUGUGAAUGCCCACCAGGCCUCUACCUGGAGGGGGGAGCCUGUGUCCCCAAGAGCCAGUGUCCCUGUUUCCACCGCCGACAGAAGUAUGCCCCAGGGGAGGCCUUGCAGCAGCGUUGCAACAAGUGUAUGUGCCAAGGGGGCCAUUGGCUUUGUUCCCAGGACCAGUGCGCUGGAGAAUGUGCCGUGCUUGGUGACUCUCACUACCUGACCUUCGAUCACAAGCGCUACUCCUUCCAUGGCACCUGCCAGUACUUCCUGGUACAGGAUUUUGUAGAUGGGAAGCUUCAGGUUGCAGCAGAGAACAAACCGUGUGGGAGCCGUGGAGCCACCAGCUGCCUCCGAGCUGUGACUGUCACAGUGCAAAAGGUGUCUGCUCGGCUGACCCUCACAGGGGAGGUGUUGGUGAACGGGCAGGAAGUCGCCCUCCCUUAUGCCAGCGCCGAUAUGCAAGUGCGUCGGGCUUCCUCAGCCUUCUUGCUUCUCCAGACCUUUGGUGCUCACCUGCUUUGGGGGACAGACUUCCCUGCGGUUUACAUCACCCUCCAGCCCCAGUUUGCCAACAAGGUUCGCGGCCUCUGUGGCACCUACAGCUGGAACCAGCAGGAUGAAUUCACCACGCCUGAGGGGGACGUGGAGUCCAGCGUGGCUGCCUUUGCCAAUAAGUUCCGAGUCUCCCACGACUGCCCCUCCCCGCAGGCUUUCACCUUUGACCCCUGCAGCACUUACACGCAGCGCAGGCAGUUUGCAGAGGCUGCCUGUGAGAUCCUCCACAGCCCCCCCUUCCAGGCCUGCCAUGCCCUGGUCGAGAGAGAGCCCUUCUUCCAGCUCUGCCUCUAUGAUGUGUGUGGCUGCUCAGCCAGUAAGGAUUGCCUCUGCCAUGCUGUGGCUGCCUACGCCAGACAGUGUGCCCAGGAGGGAGCUCUGGUGUCCUGGAGGAAUCACAGCUUCUGCCCGGUGCAGUGCUCUGGGGGCCAAGUCUACCAAGAAUGCGCUGCCCCCUGUGGACUGACGUGUGCUGACCUGCGCAUGGUGGCGCUUGGUGCUUGCCAGGAUCUGGACGGUGUCUGUGUGGCUGGAUGCAACUGCCCAGCAGGUCUGGUACUGGAUGACGAUGGUCAGUGUGUCCAGUCGGGGAUGUGCCCCUGCAUGGAUGGAGAAGAGAUGCUUCCGCCUGGCAGCAAGAUCCAGAAAAGCUGCAACACCUGCACUUGUGUGAAUGGGGCCUGGAACUGCACGGAUGAGAGCUGCCCUCAAGCUGUGGUCUGCCCUGGGGAGCUGAUCUAUGCCUUUGGCUCCUGCCUACGCACCUGUGAUAGCCCCGAAGGCAACCUCAGCUGCACCGGCCUCUCUGAUGGCUGCGUCUGCCCCCCUGGCACCGUCUUCCUGAACGAACGCUGUGUCUCCCCAGAGGAGUGCCCUUGCCACCACAAUGGCCGACUUUAUCAACCCAGCGACAGCAUCACCAAGGACUGCAACACCUGCGUUUGCCGUCGGCGGCGCUGGGAGUGCAGCCACCACCACUGUGCUGGGACGUGUGUAGCCACUGGGGAUCCCCACUACAUCACCUUUGAUGGACGGGCCUACAGCUUCCUUGGGGACUGCGAGUACAUCCUGGUGCGCGAGAGCAGCGGAGCCUUCAGUGUCACUGCCGAGAAUGUGCCUUGCGGGACAAGCGGUGUCACCUGCACCAAAUCCGUCACUGUGCUCGUCGGCAACACCGUGAUCCACCUGCUCCGAGGAAAGGAUGUGACCGUGAACGGGGUCUCGGUGCGCCCCCCCAAGAUGUACACGGGGAACGGCCUGAGCUUGGAGAGGGCCGGGCUCUUCCUUGCUCUCAUCUCCCACGUGGGGCUGACUGUGCUGUGGGAUGGAGGCAUGCGGGUCUAUGUCAGGCUGGACCCCAAGUACCAAGGCCACGUGGCCGGCCUGUGUGGGAACUUUGAUGGGGACACGGCAAACGACUUCACCAGCAGGCAAGGCAUUGUGGAGCCUACCGCUGAUCUCUUUGGCAAUUCCUGGCGGGUCAGCCUGCUGUGCCCAGAAGUCAACAGUGAGGACUUUGAGCACCCGUGCACGGUGAACUCGCACCGUGCGACGUGGGCGCGGAAACGCUGCGGGAUUCUCUUGCAGGAUCUCUUUGGCCCCUGCCGGGAGGAGCUGCCCUGCCAGCAGUUCUAUGAGUGGUGUGUCUUCGAUGCCUGUGGGUGUGACUCUGGAGGAGAUUGUGAAUGCCUUUGUACAGCCAUCGCUGCUUAUGCCGAGGAGUGCAGCAAGCAUGGCAUAGCUGUGCACUGGAGGAGCCAGGAGCUCUGCCCCAUGCAGUGUGACCACGGGCUGGAGUACGAGUCUUGUGGCCCUGCCUGCCCCCAGACCUGCAAGAACUUCGGCCUGGAGCCUCCUGAACACUGCCGGACCCUCUCCUGUGUGGAGGGAUGCUUCUGCCCCGACGGGAAGGUGCUGCAUGACAGCCGCUGCAUUGACCCCUCGGAGUGCCCCUGCUACUGGGAGGGCACCUUGUUUCCACUGGGAGCUCUGGUGAUGCAGGAGUGCCGCAACUGCUCAUGUGAGGCAGGCCUGUGGCAAUGCACUGUGCCUCUGGAGCCUUGUGCUACCCAGCCCCGCUGUGCCGAGACAGAGUUUGCCUGCCACACGGGUGAGCGCUGUGUGCCCAGCGCAUGGGUCUGUGACAAUGAGGAUGACUGCAGGGAUGGCUCGGAUGAGUUCUGUGCUUUGAGCUGUGCCCCACAUCAGUACCAGUGUGCCAAUGGGCAGUGCGUGCCAUGGGGCUAUCGCUGUGAUGGCACUGCAGACUGCCUGGACCACUCUGAUGAGAGGGACUGCCCUGUGCCCGCCUGCGCCCAGCAUGAGUUCCGCUGCUCCAACGGCCGCUGCAUCCCCCGGGAACACGUCUGUGAUGGAGAGCUGGACUGUGGCUUUGCGGAUCACUCGGAUGAGGCAGGCUGUGGGCCGCCCUGCCAGCCCGGCGAGUUCCAUUGUGCAGUUGGGCGUUGUUUGCCAUACCUGUACCGCUGCGACGGACACGAUGACUGUGGAGACUUCAGCGAUGAGAGUGACUGCUUGUGCCCCGCGGGGGACUUCCAGUGCCCGGACGGCCAGUGUCUUCCCCAGGGGCUGGUCUGUGAUGGCAAACGGGACUGUCCCACUGGAGUGGAUGAGGCUUUCUGCCCAGGCCAAGUGACCUGUGCCCCUGGGCAGCUGCCUUGUCCGGACGGCAUCUGUGUGGGCCGCCUACAGGUGUGCGAUGGAGCGCAGGACUGCUCUGAUGGUGCCGACGAGAACCCAGCUCAGUGUCAGCUGGUCCAGCACACGUCCCCAAUGGUCACAGUCCCCUCAAGACUCCCCAUGACUCUCCAACCACCUGUCAACAGGACCACAGCGCCACCCUGUGGCCAGUACGAAUUCCACUGCCACAGCGGGGAGUGCCAGCCGCGGGGCUGGGUGUGUGACGAUGAAGCCGACUGCCUGGACGGGAGCGACGAGCUGGACUGCAGCCGCCCGUGUGGCCUGGACCAGUUUCCCUGCCAGCUGGGCAGUGAGUGCGUCCACUACAGCCGCCUGUGCGACGGGGUGCCCCACUGCCAGGACGAAUCGGACGAAAGCGUCGACACCUGUGGCUCCACCCAGAUCCCGCCCUGCCCAGGGUUCUUCAUCUGCAACAACCGCAUGUGCAUCCGCGUCUCCAGGGUGUGUGAUGGCUCUCCCGACUGCCCGCAGGGAGACGACGAGCUGGCCUGCGAAAGCCGCUCGGCUCCACCAGGUGAGAGGAACCGGACAGAGGAACUCUGCGCUGAGUACUCUUGUGGGGACGGCACUUGCAUCGCCUUCAGACAGGUGUGCAACGGGCUGGCCGACUGUGCCGACGGCAGCGGGGCCUCUGGCUGGCUCCCUUCAGACGAGCAGGAUUGCGGCCUCUGGAGCCCCUGGGCCCCCUGGAGCUCCUGCAGCCGGUCCUGUGGAACAGGCCUCCAGGUCCGCCGCAGAACCUGCACCCGGCGGGCGGACGAUGUGCUGCGGCACUGCCUUGGCGAGGAGGCCCAGGCGCAGCAGUGCUUCAGCGUGGCCUGCCCAGUGGACGGCAUGUGGAGCGAGUGGACGGCGUGGUCUAACUGCACCCGGGACUGCCGUGGGGUGGUGGUGCGACGCCGGGAGUGCCUGCCGCCCCAGAACGGGGGCCGCCACUGCACAGAGACGCCUGAGGCCUUGUCCAGCACAAUUGAGAUCAAGCCAUGCCAGCUGGAAGGAUGCCUCAACGCCUCCACUUGUCCCAGAGGGCUGGUGAGCCGGAAGUGCGCCCCCUGCCCCACCUCCUGUGCUGAGCUCUCCAGCCGCACCAGGUGCAGGAAGGACAGGCCUUGCAGCCCAGGCUGUUGGUGCCCCGAAGGGCUACUUUUGGAUAGUGAGCAGCAGUGUGUGCGCCCACGGGAAUGCCCUUGCCAGGUGGAGGGUACCCGCUACUGGCCCGGCCAGCUGGUGAAGGUCAACUGCCGGAUCUGCACGUGCCAGGAUGGGCAGAUGAAGCGCUGCCGACAGAACCCAGAAUGCACAGUGAAUUGUGGCUGGUCAGCCUGGUCCCCUUGGGGUGAGUGCCUGGGUCCGUGUGGCGUGCAGAGCAUCCAGUGGUCCUUCCGCAGCCCCAACAACCCCAGCAAGCACGGGAACGGGCGCCAGUGCCGUGGCAUCUACCGCAAGGCCCGCAGGUGCGAAACGGAUCCAUGUGAGGAGUGUGAGCACCAUGGCCGGACCCACGCCAUCAACGACCGCUGGCGGUCAGGGCAGUGCCAGGUGUGCCAGUGCCUACCCAACCUGACAGUGCAGUGUUCCCAGUAUUGCCCCUACAGCACCGUGGCCUGCCCCGAGGGCCGCGUUCUGGUGGAGGGCCGAGGAGACGCUUGCUGCUACUGCAUGGAAGCCGGUGAGAACCGAACAGCGACACCCACUGAGCCAGCAGUCGCACCCCUGGGGCCCAGUGGGGCCAGCCCAGCUGCCGUCACCGUGCCUGUGCCGCUCAGCACCUUCCCGCUGCCCCCACUUGGCGACCUCUGCUACAGCCCCCUGGGCAUCGCCUCCCUGCCCUACGCCAGCUUCAGUGCCUCCUCACAGCAGCCGGAGAACCCAGCGCACGCUGCUCGCCUCAACCAUGUCCUGCCCAGCUCUGAUUUGCAGGGCUGGGCCCCUCCAGCGGACGUGUAUCCUGAGCUGCUCUCCCGGCCCCCCUUCUUGCACGUGGAUCUGGGGGCCCCCAGAAACCUUACAGGAGUAGUGGUGCAAGGGGCCGGAUCCUCUGAUGCCUACGUGACCAGCUUCUUUCUGCAGUUCAGUCCAGAUGGCGCGAGAUGGCAAGACUACUCUGAGGUUCCCCCCGUGGGUGCCACUCCUGAGCCAAAGCUGUUCCAGGGGAACUCGGAUGACUCAACCCCCGUGGUCCGGACCUUCCAGCGCAUGAUCCUUGCGCAGCAUGUCCGCAUCCUGCCUCAUGACUUCCACAAUGGGAUCUUCUUGCGCAUGGAGCUGCUGGGCUGUGGAAAAGUGUCUCCAGAGCAACCUGGGACCCCAACUCAACUGCCAGGUGGGAGGCCCUGCCGAACGGGCGAGUUCCACUGCCAGAACGGACGCUGUGUGCCUGCCGGGCCUCAUGGCGCCCUCUGCAAUGGAGUCAACGACUGUGGGGACUUCUCUGAUGAAGUGCGCUGUGGAGCUGCGGCUUCGCUGGAGCCUUCCAUCCCACCAGGCUGUCCGCGCUCCCAGUUCCACUGUGCCUUGGCCAACGUCUGCAUUGAAGGGACCCAGAGAUGCGACGGGGCUGCCAACUGCCCAGAUGCCACGGAUGAGAUGGGCUGUGUCCCCACAACCAAGGUUCCCCCAGCUGCCACUGUCAGCCCAUGGACCCUCGAGAAGCAGCUGUGGAAGCCGUCUGUGCCCCAUCCCACUCAAGUGUCCCCAGGUGGAUGGCCAUUUCCUGAGGGCUUCCACCCCACCCCACCAGAGCUUUGCACUGAGCCCCUUGGCCUGGAAGAUGGGCGCAUUCUCGGCCAGCAGCUGAGCGCCUCCUCCUACCAGGCUGGAAACCCUCCGGAUGCCGGUCGCCUCAACAUCAUGCCCAACGUACGGCGCCCAAACGCUGGCUGGAGCCCACGCCAGGCUGAUCCCAACCCCUACUUCCAGGUGGACUUCCGGCAGCCCACCUUCAUCACUGCGGUGGUCACACAGGGCGGGGGCCAGACUGGGGGCUUCAUCACCCACUACCAGCUGGUCUAUAGCAAGGACGGUAUCCACUUCCAGAACUACACCGGGGCAGGACCCCAGGCUGCGGCCUCCCUGCCUGCCCAGGUUCUGGAGGGCAAUUCUGACAGGUCCACUGCAGUGCGUCAGGAGCUGAGCCUGCCCCUCUUGGCCCGUGUCCUGCGCCUUGUGCCCACCGCCUAUCAUGGCCGAAUCUCCCUGCGGAUGGAGGUGCUCGGCUGCGCCUGGAAAAUGGAGCCCGUGGCAGGUGGGACGACCCCUGGCAGCCGGAUCCAAGUGCCUGGAACCCUCGGCACUGAGCUCCCCCACAUGGGGGCAGCAUCCCUUCCAUGGAAGCUCACUGGGACACCAGGCCUGACUCAGGAGUUGCAGCACUUUGGAGUAGCAACCAUGAAGCCUGAAGAGACUUCAACCCCUGGAACAGGCAUCCCAGGGACCCAGGUUUCCAAGCAGCCCCAAGAACCCACCACACCCACUGCCUUCUCUGUGGGGGCUUCAAGUCUCUUCUGGGCCACUUCUCAAGGGCUGAAGCAGCAGUUGGCACCCACCAUGCCAGGAAGUACACCUGGAAGGCCCAGUGAUAUGGGGCUGCCUGGACUCCGCACCCUCCCAUACCAACCCAGUCAACCAGGAUUGGGACCCACACUCGCAGGGCCUACCCCCACUCGAGGCCCCGGCAUGCCCAGGAUCCUCUGCACUCCGGGGCAGUUUGCCUGCGAGGUAUUUGGCUGCAUAGAGGCUGCCUUGGUGUGCGACGGCCAGGAGGACUGUCUGGAUGGGUUUGACGAGAUGCACUGUGGUGGCCCCACUGCUGCCCCCCUCCCCACCGCAGCCCCUCUGUCCCCAUUGGGCCCUCCCAGCACCUGUUCCAUCAAGCAGUUCUCCUGCGGCAGUGGGGAGUGCCUGUCCCUUGAGAGGCAUUGCGAUUUUCACCACGAUUGCCAGGACGGCUCUGACGAGGCCAACUGCGUGGACUGCAUCUUGUCUGCCUGGACUGCUUGGAGUGAGUGCAGCCGAACCUGUGGGCUGGGAGUGACCUUCCGCCGCCGUGAGUUGCUCCGCCACGCCCUCCCUGGCGGCCAGUGUGACCGCGAGGAGUUCGACAGCCGCUCCUGCUUCCACCGGGCCUGCCCAGUGAACGGUGCCUGGGCCUCCUGGGGCGAGUGGUCGGACUGCGAUGCAGAAUGUCGCGGGGGCGUUCGAAGCCGCACCAGGACUUGUGCAGACCCCCCACCCAAGAACGGGGGGCAGCCAUGUCCAGGUGACGCUGUGCAGAUGGAAACGUGCAACCUGCAGCCCUGCGGAGAUGCCCGAGACUGUGGCCGGGACAUGGUUUAUGUACAGGCAGGACACUGCCAGCGAGGCUUGGUGGCUCCGUGUCCCCAGUCGUGCCAGCAGCUGAAUGCCGACUUGAAUUGCCAUAGCAGCUGUGUGGAGGGCUGCCGUUGCCCCCCGGGCCUCUUCUUGCAAGACGGGGGCUGCGUGAACAUCAGCCAAUGCCACUGCUUCUUUGACCACGAGCAGCGCCUCCCGGGGGAGAUGUUCCUGAGACACAACUGCAGCCAGUGUGUCUGUUUGGAUGGUUCAGUGACCUGUGACUCCAUGGCCUGCCCCGUCAACUGUGGCUGGUCAGCCUGGUCUCCGUGGACGCCCUGCAGCCGGAGCUGUGGGGUUGGGAUGCAGCAGAGAUUCCGGUCCCCCUCCAACCCAGCAGCUGCGAAUGGCGGUGCUCCGUGCCAAGGAGAUGCCCAGGAGGUGCAGGAGUGCCACACAGCCUGCGUCUCAGAAACCCGCAGUACCUGGAGUGCCUGGACCCCUUGGUCCCCCUGUUCCAAGACCUGCUUCUAUGCCAGGGAUGGCGUGGGAGUGCGGAAGCGAUUCCGGCACUGCAGCAGCACCACAGAGGCCACGGUCUGUGAUGGGGAUGCAGUGGAGGAGGAACCCUGCGACACGCCCCCCUGCCCAGUGGAAGGCAUCUGGACCCCCUGGACUGCCUGGACCGCAUGCUCUGCUCGUUGUGAUGCUGGCGUUCAGACACGCAACCGCACCUGCUCCAACCCGGCCUAUGGGGGCCCCGAGUGCUCCGGGCCUCUCAUCCAGACUCGUGAUUGCAACAUGCAGCCCUGCAAAGAGCUGUGCCCAGGGAACAUGGUCUACCAGACGGUUGAGGAGUGCCAGCAGAACGGAGGUGCCUGCCCACGCCUCUGCCUGGACCGGGGCACUGGUGUGGAGUGUGCCUCCCACUGCACCGAGGGCUGCUUCUGCCCCAGUGGGCUCUUCCUCCAAGACGACGCCUGCGUGCCCCUCAGCGAGUGCCCGUGCUAUCAUCAGGGGGAGCUCUACCACCGGGGAGACGCCAUCUCGCUGGACUCCUGCAACAACUGCACCUGCCUAGAUGGAGAGAUGGUGUGUGGCGUGAAGCCCUGCCCAGUGGACUGUGGCUGGAGCACCUGGACGGCCUGGAGCUCCUGCAGCCGCACCUGCAAUGUGGGCACCCGCCGUCGCUUCCGCUCCGGCUCCGAACCAGCGGCUGCUGCCGGAGGACACCUCUGUCAGGGUUCCAGUGUCGAGAUCGAGUUCUGCAGCCUGCAGGCCUGUCCAGGCUCUGGCAUGGAAUGGGGCCCCUGGUCACCGUGUUCAGUGCCAUGUGGCGGUGGCUACCGGAACCGCACGCGGGCCAGUACUGUCCUGCGCAGGAUCGACUUCUCCACCUGCAACCUUCAUCCUUGCACAGGUGAUAUUCCAGGUCUCUGCCCAGGUGGUAAGAUGUGGCGGGAAUGUGCUGAGGGACCAGCAUCUUGUGCAGAGCUCAGCACGGAGCCUGCAGCCCCCGGGACCUGCCAGCCUGGCUGCUUCUGCCCCAGUGGGGCUGUCCUGCUGAACAAUCUCUGUGUGCCAGAGGAGGAGUGUCCGUGUGCCCAAGACGGGGUGCUGUACGCUCCAGGAGAGCAGGUCCCCAAGGGCUGUGAGAACUGCUCCUGCGUCGCUGGCCGGGUAGGCAACUGCUCCCGAGUGGCCUGCGGAGACGUGAACGGCCAGUGGUCAGAAUGGACUCCCUGGAGUGAAUGUUCAGCCUCCUGUGGGCUGGGCCUCCAGAACCGCUACCACUUCUGCACGAAGCCCCCUCCCUCUGGGAUGGGAGUGCCCUGCCUUGGGCCGGAGCGUGAAGACAAGCCCUGCCACGUCCAGCCGUGUGCCAGAAACGGGGCCUGGGGGGAGUGGAGCCCCUGGACCGGCUGCACUGUCAGCUGCGGCGGAGGCAUGCGGAGCCGAAGCAGGGCCUGUGACAGCCCUGCCCCACAGAGUGGUGGGGACUACUGUGAGGGGCCUCCCACCCAGGUGGAGGCCUGCCACUUGGACCUGUGCCCAGGGCUGGACUGCUCCACUGUGGCGGGCUCUGUGUACAGCAGCUGUGGACCCUCUUGCCCUCGCACCUGUGACGAUCUCUCGCAUUGCCUGUGGACCUGUGAGCCCGGCUGCUACUGCACCAGUAGAAAAGUUCUGGACAGAAACGGCACAGCCUGCGUGGAGAAGCACAGCUGCCCCUGCCUGGACCUGCUCAGCGGCCACCGGUACCUGCCAGGACAGACUGUCCCCCGUGCUGAUGGCUGCAACACCUGCUCCUGCUCCCAAGGGAAGCUGACCUGCACCAACCUGGCCUGCGCAGCUCCCGGCAGCUGGUGUGACUGGUCCCCCUGGAGCCCCUGCUCCAGGACGUGUGGCACUGAGAUGGUGACCCGCUACCGUACCUGCAGCUGCCCCAAGCCCCAGCACGGGGGCCCAGAGUGCGAGGGGGUGCAAGAGUAUCACGGCGGCAGUGGAGUGCAGCUUGAGAGGGAAGAGUGCCCCACGGCCACUUUCUGCCCAGUGGACGGGAGCUGGAGCUCGUGGAGCAGCUGGUCCCCCUGCAGUGCCUGCCUGGGUCAGUCUGUGCGGAGCAGGGAAUGCACCAACCCUCCUGCCCGCUUUGGGGGCCUGCCCUGUCUGGAGGAAGCCCAGCAGAGCCGCUCGUGCCAUGAUGGAAUCACUGCCUGUGAAGACUGUGGAGGAGGCCAGGUGUCCUUCCCGUGUGGUAAGGCCUGCCCGCGCUCCUGUGAGGACCUGCACCCAGACACCGCCUGCCUGGACAGCCUGCAGUGCCAACCAGCGUGUGCCUGCCCAGAUGGGCAGCUACUCCAGGACGGCGUGUGCGUCUGGCCUGCCCAGUGCCGCUGCAGAUACCGCAACAGCUGGUUGGGUGCUCCGGAGGGACGCAAUCUCUCUUCCUGGCCGGGCCUUGCUCCCUGGGAGUACGCCCAGCCAGGCGAGGACAUCUAUGGGCCUUGCCAGAACUGCACUUGCGUGGCGGGACACCUGCAGUGUCACGUGGACCCCUCGUGUCACCUGCAUGGCGGCUGGAGCACCUGGGGGCCCUGGUCACCCUGCACCCAGAGCUGUGGGGCGGGAGUCCAGUUCCGCUUCCGCCAGUGUGACAACCCACCCCCCCAGAACGGAGGCCGGGGGUGCCUGGGCAGCCGUGAAGAGCACAGGCCCUGCCAGAAGCAGCCGGAUUGCCCAGAGGAGGAUGCCUGGGGCGAGUGGUCCCCGUGGGCGCCCUGCACUGUGUCCUGUGGUGGGGGAGAGCAGGUGCGCAGCCGCCAGUGUCGCCGUCCGGAUUGUCACGGGUUGGCCACGCAGAGCAAGACAUGCAACACGCAGGUGUGCCUGGAGGUGGGCUGCCCAGUGGGGCGUUUGUACCGGGAGUGCCUGAAGGAAGAGGGCUGCCCCUACAGCUGUGCCCACCUCACCCACCAGAUGGACUGCUUCUCAGAUGGCUGUGAGGAGGGGUGCCACUGCCCAGUGGGCACUUACCAGCACUACGGGGCCUGUGUCCAGGAGUGUCCCUGCGUCGUGACCGAGGAAGCCCUGAAGAAGUUCUGGAACCGGUCCUCUGAUCUCAACAGCACUUCAGCUGCCUUGCGAAGUCGGCUGCCCUCCCUCGGGGAGGAGGUGCCCCCCAACAGCACCAUCCAUUCCGCCUGCAGCAAUUGCUCCUGCCACAACGGACAGCUGACCUGCGUGUUCUCCCUCUGCCCCGUGGACGGGGGCUUCUCACACUGGAGCCCGUGGACCCCCUGCUCAUUGACCUGUGGAGGGCUGGGGAACAUGACCAGGUCACGUGACUGCACCAACCCCCCGCCUGCCAACACGGGGAAGGAGUGCACUGGCCCCCGAGUUGACGUCAAGUACUGCCAGAUGCCAGACUGCCAAGCACUGGCUGGACCCACGAAAGAGCCUGCCUCUGGCAUCCCAGGCUCCGAAGAGGACAGGUUCACCCCCUGGUCACCCUGGACACCCUGCUCUAAAACCUGCAGUGAUCCAGACCUGCCGGCCCUCAAGACCCGCAUGCGGUUCUGUCAAGGAGGGACCAACUGUACGGGAGAUACGUUCCAGGAGCAAGUGUGCAAUUUGCCCCAGUGCACAGACACCCCCCUGUGCCAGGGUGGGGAGUGCUUGGGUGUGAACUGCACCUGGAAUCCCUGGUCUUCGUGGAGUGAGUGUUCCCGCAGCUGUGGGGCUGGGCAGCAAUGGCGGCUGCGCACCUAUAACCCGCCUGGGCAAGGGGGACAUUGGUGCCGGGACAUCCUUGUGGCCAACACGGAGCGGCGUUUCUGCAACCUGCAGGCCUGUAAAGUGGAUGGUGCCUGGUCCAAGUGGAGCCCCUGGUCAUGGUGUGACCGCAGCUGUGAUGGGGGACGCUCGGUGCGCACACGGACAUGCACCAGCCCCCCGCCCAAGAACGGAGGACACCCCUGUCCCGGCGAGAAGUCCCAUGUGCGGGUCUGCAACCCUCAGCCCUGUGAGGAGCGCUGCCCCUCCGGGAUGCACCGGGCAGACUGUGCCAAUAAGUGCCCACAACACUGCUGGGACCUCCAGGAAGGCCUGGUGUGCCAGGAGGGGGAGGCCUGUGAGCCUGGCUGCCGGUGCCCUGACGGAACGCUGGAGCAGGAUGGGGCCUGCCUCUCUCCUGACCACUGCGAAUGCACGGAUGCCCAAGGGCACAGCUGGGCUCCAGGCAGCCUCCACCACGAUGGCUGCAGCAACUGCUCUUGCACCGAAGGCCGGCUCCUCUGCACCAACGACACUUGCCUGCCUGGCGGCUGCGCUUGGAGCCUCUGGUCCAGCUGGUCCCCGUGCAGCACCACCUGUGGGAGCGGCCAACACACCCGCUUCAGGACAGCCACAUCUGGCUCAUGGGCCUCCGAGUGCCUGAAGGAGCAGCUGCAGACCCGCCCCUGUGCCCCAGGCCCCUGCCCUCCACUGUGUUUGCGCGAGGGUGAAGAGAUGCAGCUGGGCAGCACCUGGCUUCUGGGAGAGUGCCAGCAAUGCAUCUGCACCCCGGAGGGCGUCUACUGCAUGGACAUCGCAUGUGCAGUGCACGGAGCCUGGACCCCCUGGUCACCCUGGUCUGACUGCCCUGUCACUUGCGGCCGCGGCACCCGCAUCCGGACUCGGGCAUGCAUCAACCCCCCGCCACGCAACAACGGCUCACUUUGUGCUGGCCCUGAGAGGCAGGCCCAGAACUGCACUGCCCUGCCUUGCCCAGGUGAUGAGUUUUGCCAGUGGUCCCCUUGGAGUCCGUGUUCAAGGUCCUGCGGCACCGGCUUGGCCACACGUACGGGGGAGUGUGCUUGCCUGCCCUCCGAGGCUGCUGGAGCCCCUUGCAACGAGAGCCGCCAGGAAGUGGAGGCCUGCUAUCUCCGGGCAUGCGAAGAUUGUCCCUGGAGUUCCUGGACAUUGUGGACUGGGUGUUCGUGCAGCUUCCUGGUGCAGCAGCGAUACCGGAACCAGCGAGGAUCCAGAGUGGACGGGGAGCCCUGUGUGGGGCUGGACGGACAGUUCCGCAUGUGUGACUAUUCCCAGUGCUCGGAGUCCAGCUGCGAGGCACCCUUUGCGUUCCAGGAGUGUGGCUCCCCCUGCGAGAGCCUCUGCUCCACCCUGCAGCAUCCAGAACUGUGCCAGGAUAUUCCCCGGUGCCUGCCUGGCUGCUACUGCCCACAGGGGCUGGUGGAACAGAACGGGGCCUGUGUCCCGCCCUCGCAGUGUGGCUGCCUUCACUUCAACCAAUCAGAAGGUCCCGUGUACCUGGCAGCAGGAGGCACAGUUUCGAUCGGAUGCAAGGAAUGCCUGUGCCAGCAGGGGAAGCUCCAGUGCAGCAGUGAAGGCUGCCAAGGGCUUCUUCCGCUCAGCUCCUGGUCGGAGUGGACAUCCUGCUCCUCUUGCCUGCCCUGGGCGGCCCUCAGCCCCAGCACCACCUCUGUCCUCCUGGCUCAGCACCCCCACCGGCCCGGAGAGGACCCUCCCCACUCAGCCCUGGUGUCUGUGCAGCAUCGCUACCGAGUGUGCCUGGACCCCCAGACGGGCAAACCCUGGGCGGGGCAGGCAACCCUGUGCCUGGCGGAAGUUGAACAGGAGCGCCUGUGCCCAGACCCUCACGCUUGCCAAGAUUUCUGCCUGUGGAGCGACUGGAGUCCCUGGAGUCCGUGCCGUGAGCCCUGCAGUGGGGGCUUCCGUGUGCGAUGGCGGUCUGUCCGCCACCCAGCAGGAGGGGAGCGCUGCCAGGGCUCACGCUCUCAGUCCGAGAGCUGUAACACCGCUGCCUGCCCAGGAGAGGAGUGUGAGGAUCGGGGCAAGGCGCAUGACCCAGUCUGUGCCAAUGGCUGCCCCCGAAGCUGUACGGACCUCUGGGAGCACGUGGAGUGUCUGCAAGGAGAAUGCAAGCCAGGCUGCCGGUGCCCUGAAGAGAAGCUGCUGCUGGACAGCGCGUGCGUGCCGAUCCCCACGUGCCCCUGCGGACUCCCCGUGGCCGAUGGCACCCUGGAGUACCUUCCUGGGCAGACUGCCCUGCUCGGGUGCCACAACUGCACCUGUGUGAACGGCACCUUUGCGUGCCCAGAGCAGGAGUGCCCAUCCUACGGGGAAUGGUCCACUUGGAGCCCCUGUUCAGCCAGUUGUGGAGGAGGGAGCUCUCUGCGACACCGCCUCUGCCACCGGAGCCCUGGCGGAGCGGCCUGCACAGCUGAUACCAUGGAGGAGACGGCCCAGUGCAACCCACAGCCCUGUCCUGAGGUCUGCCUCCUGAGCGAGUGGUCCGCAUGGAGCCCCUGCAGCACCAGCUGUGGUGGAGGCGUGUCCGAGAGGAGCCGCAGCCUGCUGGCCUCCUCGGGGGAGCCGUGCCCCCUCCCAGUACUGCAGCACCAGCCGUGCAACACACACAACUGCACCCCAGAAUGCCCAGGACUCCAAGUCUUCAGCAGCUGCGCCAACGCCUGCCCGCAAGCCUGCUCUGACCUGCGCCCAGAAACCCAGUGCUUGCGGCAGGAAUGCCAGCCUGGCUGCUCCUGCCCCUCUGGCCAGGUGAUGCAGGACGGGGCGUGCAUUCUUGCGGAGGAGUGUCGCUGCUCUCUCAGCCCGGCAUCGGCGUUGCCCUGGGCUGCCAACCUGUCUCAAGAAGAGCGGGCCCAGGAGUACUUGCCAGGCACCAUCAUUCACCACGAGUGCAACAGCUGCGUCUGCCAAAGAGGCGCCUUCAGCUGCAGCCAGGAGGCCUGUGAUGUGCCCUGCCUUUGGGCAGAGUGGUCAGCCUGGUCCUCAUGCUCCGUGACGUGUGGCACCGGAGAGCAGAUCUCGCGGAGGCACCAGUCCCGACAGCGCCUGUUUGGAGGUGCCGAAUGUGAAGGCCCUGCCCUGCGCCAGAAGCCGUGUUCCCUCCCAGACUGUGUCUGCCCUGGUGGAGAACGCUGGCUCAGGCCCGACUCUGCAGGCCCGUGUGAGCGGAGCUGUGACCAAAUCUACGAGGAUCCCCCGCAGAACUGCAGCAGGGGGGCCGAGGGGGGCUGCGUGUGCCAACCCGGGCACUACCGGAAUGGCAGCGGACAGUGUGUGGUGGCUGCACACUGUGAGUGUCAGCACGGAGGCCAGGUUUACUUGGCUGGUGCGGAGUGGCAGAUGGGCUGUGAAACCUGCCACUGCCUGAACGGGAAAGCCACGUGCGAGGCUGGCUGCCCCCCACUCACCUGCCUUGAGGGAGAAGUGAAAGUACAGGAGCCCAGCGGCUGCUGCCCCGUCUGCAGGAAGGAGGCGUUCGAAGAGGCACCUUCCUUCUGCCAGCACUACACCGAGCUACGCAACAUCACCAAGGGGCGCUGCUUCCUGGCAAACGUGGAGGUGAGCUACUGCAGUGGCCGCUGCCCCUCCCGCACCAAUGUCGUCCCCGAGGAGCCCUACCUGCAGACUCUGUGCGACUGCUGCAGCUACCGCCUGGACCCGGUCAGUCCUGUGCGAAUCCUGAACCUGCAGUGCGCGGGAGGCGAGACGGAGCCAGUGGUGCUGCCUGUGAUCCACAGCUGUGAGUGCAGCAGCUGUCAAGGUGGCGAUUUCUCCAAGCGCUGAUGACGACACUCCUGCAGGUUCUGGACCUUUGCAGAGGACACCGGUCCAGUCCAAACUCAGAAGGGCUCCUCCCUUGAUGCCAAAUGCAUCUCCUCAAUCCCCACUCUCUGCCUCAAGACACCUGACAGGGCACUGUUUGUUUUUUGCCAUUCAAUAAAAUCACCCAGCUGCAGUUUCA